AUAAAUUCUUAAGAUCUGUCUUGUGUCGUUGGGAAAUUGUCGCUUCCAAACUCGGUCCUAGGGGCUAUUAUUGCCGAUUUAACCCAAAACCGUAUGUAAAACAAAAAAAGUUUCAAUCUUUCAGGAAAUGUCGUCGUCAGACUUUACAGUGGAAUCGUGUAAAGUUGAUUCCGAGGAAGGUGUGAAGCUUCACACGAGAAUAUUCAAACCACCCAGAAACGUAGAAGUUAGCCACGAUGGGAAUCUGGUGAUAGUGUUGGUCCACCCGUUCUCGCUCUUAGGUGGUUGUCAGGCUCUGCUCAAAGGCAUAGCUUCUGAGCUGGCCUCUAAGGGUUUCACGUCUGUCACUUUCGACACAAGAGGUGCCGGAAAAUCGACGGGGAGAGCUACUCUUACUGGCUUCGCCGAGGUCAAGGAUGUCGUCGCUGUUUGUCGGUGGCUUUCCCAGAAUCUCGAUGCUGAUAGGAUCCUGCUCGUCGGUUCUUCUGCCGGUGCACCAAUCGCAGGAUCAGCAGUGGAGCAACUAGAGCAAGUGGUGGGAUAUGUGAGUUUAGGAUACCCAUUUGGUCUAAUGGCCUCGGUUCUGUUUGGGCGGCAUCACAAGGCUAUUCUCUCAUCCCCUAAACCCAAACUCUUCGUUAUGGGAACACAAGACGGCUUCACUAGCGUUUGCCAGCUCAAGAAGAAGCUUAAAUCUGCAGUGGGACGCACCGAAACACACCUCAUUGAAGGCGUUAGCCAUUUCCAGAUGGAAGGACCUGAAUAUGAUUCUCAGAUGGCCGAUGUCAUUUGCAACUUUAUUUCAUCCCUGUAAUAUGUUAUAUGCAACCGCAUGAUAUCCAUGUAAGAGUUAGACUUAAUUUGUACCACAUCAUACACAAAGGAGGAUUAUAAUCUUUUGCA